AUGUCUCUUAAACCUAGCACGAGGACGGAGGUUCGAAGAAAUAGGUACAAGGUUUCCGUGGACGCCGAUGAAGGUCGCCGGAGACGGGAGGAUAACAUGGUGGAGAUUCGGAAGAACAAGAGAGAGGAGAACUUGCAGAAGAAGCGGCGUGAAAUUCCAACUACUUCCAUGGCGUCGGGCACGCAGCAAGGGCAGGAUGUCCUCUCGUCUUCUCAGAGAUUGGAAAAAUUGGCACAGAUGGUUGCUGGAGUUAUGUCAGAGGAUGGAAAUGUACAACUCGAGGCAACGACUGCCAUUCGGAAAUUGCUUUCAAUUGAACGUAGUCCUCCCAUCGAUGACGUAAUUCAAUCUGGUGUUGUUCCUCGCAUUGUGCAAUUUCUUUCCAGGGAUGACUUCGUCCAACUUCAGUUUGAAGCAGCUUGGGCGCUCACAAACAUUGCCUCAGGGACAUCUGAGAACACUAAUGUCAUUGUUGAGAGUGGCGCCGUCCCGGCGUUCGUCAAGCUACUCAGCUCUGGAAAUGAGGAAGUCCGAGAACAGGCUGUGUGGGCAUUGGGAAACGUCGCUGGUGACUCACCAAAAUGCCGUGAUUACGUGUUAAGCUGCGAGGCAAUGAUGCCUCUUCUGGCUCAAUUCAACGAGAAUGCAAAGCUCUCCAUGCUGAGAAACGCUACAUGGACAUUGUCAAACUUCUGCAGAGGGAAGCCGCAACCUCAUUUUGAGCAGACUAAUCCAUGUCUACUAGUUCUUGAGCGUCUUUUGCAUUCAACCGACGAAGAAGUUCUCACGGAUGCAUUGUGGGCUCUCUCGUAUCUCUCAGAUGGUGAAAACGAAAGAAUACAAACUGUUAUCGACUCGGGUGUUAUCCCUCGCCUCGUUCAGCACUUAACUCAUCCAACGCCAGCAGUUUUGAUUCCAGCUCUCCGUACCAUUGGUAAUAUUGUAACCGGAGAUGAUACUCAGACUCAGGCGGUUCUUAGCAAUCAAGCGCUUCCUGGUCUCUUGCACCUUUUGACAAACACACACAAGAGGAGUAUCAAGAAGGAAGCUUGCUGGACUAUCUCUAACAUCACUGCUGGGAACGCAAGUCAGAUUCAGGAAGUGAUUCAGGCAGGCAUUAUGCAGCCUCUGAUUCACCUGCUCCAACACGGUGAAUUCGAAACUAAAAAGGAAGCUGUUUGGGCAAUUUCUAAUGCAACAUCUGGUGGCACUCAUGACCAAAUCAAGUUUCUUGUGAACCAAGGAUGCAUCAAGCCACUUUGUGAUCUCCUCGCGUGUCCUGAUCCAAGGGUCGUGACAGUGGCCAUGGAGGGUCUAGAGAACAUUCUCAAAGUAGGUGAAGUCGAUAAAAGUCUAGGCAACACAGGAGACGACAACCUCUACGCACAGAUGAUCGACGAUGCAGAAGGUUUGGAGAAGAUCGAGAAUCUUCAGAGUCACGACAAUCAUGAGAUUUACGAGAAAGCUGUCAAACUACUCGAGUCGUACUGGGCCGGGGAAGACGAAGACGAUGAACCAGAUUACGAUGCUACUGACAAUAAUCAGUCUUCCGGUUUCCAGUUCGGAAACCAAAGUGGCAAUGCUCCUACCGGUGGAUUCAAGUUUGGUUGA